AUUAUCAAGAAGCAAUAAGAAAAAAAGAACCAGAACUAUAUGAAGAACUAUCAACUUGGAUUGGUCUUUUUGAAGCUCAUGUUCGUUCUUGGACAAAUUUACAUUCAAAAGGAAUAGGAUUUAUAAAAAAUCAAUACGAUCAAUGGUGUUGGGAAUGGCGAGUUUCUCAAUAUGAGGAGGAUUUUGAACAAUCU